GAACUCUAUCUUUUUUGGUUCCUCGGGAUUUUAUUCGUCUGUUUGCUUGGGAUUCGACUGUUGCUGUUAUUAUUCUUCAACUGGGUUAUCAUUCUCGUUUUUUUUGGGUGUAUAUACACAGUUGAUUCGCAUCAUCGGUUAUCAAUCACCUUUAAAUCUCUCCGGAUCGUCAGCAUAUAAACAUAUACAUACACAGAUCAUAUCAGUCAUUCCUAUCUAUAUCUAUAAGAUAAGCAAGCAACAUCAAAUUCCGCCUUAACGCACACCAUGUCUCCUAGCAAAGGCUCAGAAAACGUCUCUGGAGAGAAUUCAAAUUCCCACACUACAUCUAGCGAGCCCGACAUUCGCAAGCCAUCAAAUACGAUUUCGAAUGUAGCCGAGAAGAAUAUAGACUCGGAGAAAGAGGAAAGUGCAAUUACGGAGUCUUCUUUGAGAAAUGAAGAUGUUUCUUUGGGAAAAGUGCAUGAUGUGGAUAGAGUGGAUAAAGUAAAUGGAAAAGAAGAUGGUAAAGAAGAGGAAAAUCAUGAAUAUAUCUCUGGAUAUAAGAUUUUUGUAGUCAUAACUGCGAUUACACUUACGACGUUUUUGGCGCUGUUGGAUACGACGAUUGUUGCUACCGCCAUCCCCCUUAUAACAAACCACUUCCACUCCCUCUCGGACGUAGGCUGGUACGGAAGCGCCUACCUCAUCACCAACUGUUCGCUACAACCGCUCUCAGGAAAACUCUACACAUAUUUCCGUUCCAAAUAUGUAUUCCUCUCCUUUUUCUUCCUUUUCGAAUUCGGUUCUUUAUUAUGUGGAACGGCCGUUUCGUCGAAGAUGUUGAUUGUUGGACGAGCGGUUGCGGGGAUGGGCUCGGCGGGCUUGAUGAAUGGCGCGAUUACGAUUUUAACGCAUUCGGUGCCGAUAGAGAAGAGGCCGGUUUAUUUAGGAUUUAUGAUUUCGACCUCCCAGUUGGCGUUGGCGGUAGGCCCGUUGAUUGGAGGCGCGCUGACGCAGUAUGCUAGUUGGAGAUGGUGCUUCUAUAUCAAUCUUCCAUGCGGCUUCCUCGUCAGUCUUCUUCUCCUCUCCAUCACCAUCCCAGAGCGUCUCCACCCCGCCGCCCUAACUCUCACCCCUCUCCAACGAAUCCAACACCUCGAUCUCCUAGGCUUCUCUCUCUUUGCUCCCACUGCCAUUCAAUUACUUCUCGCUCUAGAAUGGGGUGGGACAACGUAUCCUUGGUCAUCUUCUCACAUAAUCGGACUUUUCAUCGGAUCGUUCUUCAAUUUUCUUCUUUUCCUCUACCGCGAAUAUCGCGCGGGAGAUGAAGCUAUGGUUCCUUUAUCCCUUGUGAGAAAUACUGUCGUGUGGACGUGUUGCUGCACGAACUUUUUGUUUAUGGCGGGUAUGUUGACGUUGAGCUAUUACUUGCCGAUUUAUUUUCAGGGGGUAAGGGGUGUACAACCGACGAUGAGUGGAGUAUAUACUUUACCGGGGAUUUUAUCACAGAUGUUCUUUGCGAUUAUCUCUGGGUUUGCUGUGCAAAAGAUAGGUUAUUACCUUCCAUUCAGUAUCGUGGGUGGAUGUUUCGCCGCAAUAGGAUAUGGGUUGAUAUCCACCUAUACCCCAUCCACUCCGGCAUCGAAAUGGAUCGGCUAUCAAAUCAUCGGUGGAAUCGGGCGUGGUCUAUCUAUGCAAAUGGUCAUAAUAGCCAUCCAAAACAACCUCACCGGGACCAAAAUCGUCAUCGCACAAACCCUCGUGAUAUUUUUCCAAUACCUCGGCGGAGCACUCUGUCUUACCUUCGCAUCUACAAUCUUCACCGCGAAACUCAAAUCCGGAUUGCGAACAUAUGCGCCAACAGUAAAUUCGCAACUGGUGAUCGAGGCCGGCGCAACGGCAUAUCGUGAUGUAAUACCGAAGGAUCAGGUGACGAAUGUGGUGACGGCAUAUAGUUUAGCGAUCAAUCAUUGUUUUUACUUGGCGGCGGGGUUGGCGGCGGGCGUCAUGUUGUUUGUGUGGGGAAUGGGGUGGAAGAAGAUUGGGACAAAGAGUGACGGGAAGAAUGUGGAGGCGGGGCAGGAAGGCGGAGGAGCGGAAGCUUGAAGGAAUGGGCUGUGAUGCAUUUGAAAAUUGGAGGAUUCCUGGAGGAUAAAUGUCGGUUUUCUUUUCAACACACAAAUACCUUCUUGUAUUUCGAUCACAUAGGAAUAGAUUUAAUGAUUCUCCCA